GUCACUUGCAGCUCCCCUUUGCUGCUUUAAAACAAGCGAUUGGUGGAUAUGGAAGCUGACCAUUCCCAGAUUAAAUGUUGACGAUGACUCUGAAGUGCGCAGCACCACUGAUGUGCAGCAGAUCAAGUGGCCAAAAGCAGCAAUCGAUGGAGAAUUCAGGCCUCUCUCUUCAUGAAAGGAUAUGUUGGUGGCGUGGAUGUGUUUCUCGAUGUAUCUCUCUCGUUAUGUAGGUACAGAAUUGUUCAACUGACCGGUCUGAUUUCUGUGAAGCAGCUUUCGAUCGUGGGCUCCAGUAGAUGUGAUAACAGGAACUCUGCACGCUAGCAGGGUGUUGACUGUCCUCCUGCUGAGAUCUUGAGUGCAUGAGCUGCCGAGCUGCCAGAAACCGCGUUGGAGACUGAUAGUCAACCUCUGCAAUACUGAACAUACCAGGAAAGUAGAGACAGCACAAAAUCCCAAAUGGAUGGUUUGGAAAUCCAACCCAGCCAGCCAUGUUCAUCAGGGCUGUACAGCCAAUCAUAUGAAAGACAGCCUCCAGGCCUUCCAAGCGCAGUCAGCUGGUCAAGUCCGGGGCCCUCCAGUUUUGGUACCAGCCAGACUGCCCUUCAUCAUGACUGGACACCAAUCACUUCCCCCCUGUGCUGUCCCAGUGCUCUCCCAAGCCCUGCCCACCCGCACCACAGUACAACUUUCAUUUCUAAUUCUAGUCGGCCGACAGUCCAUCACCACACACAGCAACAGAAUUCAACCUUCCAGCCGGUUCACCACGGAUACCCACGUCAACCAGAUGCUCUUCAAAACCCAAACACACUCUACAGUCCUUUAUACCCUGGAGUAGUACAGGAGACUGUUCAUUCAGUCUCCGCAGCCUCACAUCUACAAGGGUCAAAGCUUGGAUUGCUCGAGGACUCAGGACAUGGAAUUAAUCCAGAUUUGAUUCCCAAUCCGGUUCAAGUGGCGGAGGAUGAUCGAGUGUUGUGGGAAUCCCAGCUAUUCUGCACUGAUACGAGAGGGCAAGUACCUCCACUGACCACAACGCACUUCACAGUAGUGGACCAAGGCAUUGCGAGUCCCAGAUUCGUCCGCUGCACAAUGUACACCUUCCCUUGCUCUCAGGAAUUGGCCAAACUGUCCCAUCUUCCCCUUGCUGCCGUUGUUAAACCACUCGCUACUCUGCCAGAGGAAGAGGCUCCUGUGCGUUUGGUCGACCAUGGUGAAGCUGGUCCUAUCCGGUGUGAGAGAUGUGCCGCUUACAUGUGCCCUUUGAUGCACUUCCUGGACAAUGGACAACGGUUCCAGUGCCCGUUCUGUGAUGCGGUCUCACAGGUGCCUCAGCACUAUUUUCACCCGAUUGAUUAUAGUGGAAAGCGAGCAGAUCGUCCCACUAGACCAGAGCUUUCACAGGGCUCCUAUGAGUUUCUGAUGCCAGAGGAGCCUUGCAAGCACAAUCGAGGCCAGAGUUCUGUGGGAUUUAUUUUUAUGAUCGAUGUUUCCUACAACGCAGUGAGGAGUGGGUUACUCAGCCUGAUCUGUGCUGAGUUGAAGCAGGUGGUGCAGUACUUAUCCAGGGAGUGUGGGGCUGAGGAGACAGCGGUCAGAGUGGGAUUGAUAACAUACGAUAAGGUGCUCCAUCUCUACAAUGUGAAGAACACUCUGAUUCAGCCGCAGAUGGUGGUGAUAACCGAUGUCUCUGACUUGGCCAUGCCGCCGCUCGAUGGGUUGCUCGUCAACGCAAAGGAAUCCGAGGCCCUUAUCAACAGUUUGCUGGAUAAAAUCCCAUUGCUGUUUGCAGACAGUCUUGAGGCAGACGUUCUCUUUGGUCCAGUUGUCCAGGCUGGAUUGGAGGCUCUGAAGGCUGCUGAUUGCCCGGGUAAACUCUUCAUAUUCCACACAUCGUUGCCAACCACCAAGGCCCCAGGAGCACUGAGGAACCGCAGUGACCAUGGGAUCAUCAACACCAACAAGGAACAGAUUCUCUUCCAGCCUCAGGGAAGCUACUAUCAGGAGCUGGCCGAGCAGUGUGUGCAGCAAGGUUGCUGUGUGGACCUCUUCCUCUUCCCCAGUCAGUACGUGGAUGUGGCCUCACUAGGACUGCUGACCUUCAGAACUGGAGGAGAUCUCUACUAUUACAGCAACUUCAGGGCUGACAGAGAUGCAGAGCAGUUCCAGGUUGAUCUUCGGAGGGAUGUGCAGAAGGUGAUAGGAUUCAAGGCUGUCUUGAAGGUUCACACACAGAAAGGCAUCAGAGCAACCAAUUAUUUAGGUUCCCUGCACAUGAAGAACAGGACGGAGGUGCAACUGGCUGCGAUUGACAGCAACAAGACCCUGCUGGUGGAGUUCAAACACAACGGCAAAUUGAGCGAGGAGGAUGGCGUCCACAUACAGUUCGAGCUCUUCUACAGCACAGUUAGUGGGCAGCGCAGACUCAGGAUACACAAUGUCAGUUUAAACUGCUCCAGCCAGCUGACUGAGACCUUUAGGAGCUCACAGGCUGAAACGUUGUUGAACUACUUUGCCAAGACUGCGUACGAUGCCGUGCCUAACCAUGCCACGAAGAGCGUGCAAGACAAGCUGGUGAGCCACAUUACCCGAAUGCUUGCCGCUUACCGGAAGUACUGUGCCCAUUCAUCACCCAACAGGGGCCAGCUAGUCAUGCCACAGUUCCUGAAAAUCUUCCCCCUUUACUUGAAUUGCCUGAGGAAGAGUAAGGUCUUGCUCCCAGGGGCAGACGUCUCCAUCGACGAACGGGCCUACAUCAGACAGCUAGUCAUGUCGAUGGACAUCACAGAAACCAAUGUCCUCUUCUACCCCUGCCUUUUGCCGAUGCACGAGCUGAAUGGGAACGUGGUGACUGUACCACGGGCUGUACGCUGCUUGGCCAAUCGCCUGUCACCCGAGGGAUUCUACCUCUUAGAGGAUGGAUUGAGCCUGUUCCUGUGGAUUGGGAUGUUGGUGCCGGCUGAGUGGAUUCAGAAUGUCUUCGGCGCACCCUCCUUCAACGCCGUGGACUGCGGAGUGGGGUCUCUGCCUGUGUUGGACAACCCCUUCUCCAGGCAGAUCAGAAACAUGAUCAGCAGCAUCCGCAAACAACGGGCCAGGUUCCUGAAGCUGAUUAUCGUGAAGCAGGCUGACAGGUCGGAGAGCCAGUUCCGGCAGUUCCUGGUUGAAGACAAGAGUCCCAGUGGGGGAGCCUCUUACCCAGACUUCCUCCGACACCUUCACAUCGGUAUUCAGCAGGCUCUGAAAUAGCCCAGCGCCAACAAACGCUGGCAGAAGCAGACAGCACAGGAUUGGCAAUUGCCCAGGGAAAGAUGCACCCAGCACGGGGAAGGGCAGCCUGACCUACCAGGCUUCAGAUGUCUGCUUAGU